UGUACACUAUACGUGCCAUUGAAUGAUGUCGAUUUGCUCGUAAUUUCUCACUGGACGUGAUUUGUCGUGACAUUCGUGCGAGAUCAACGUUGCACCGGUCUAUUGAAAAUGUUGGUCUACGAUGUGCUGCACAAGGAGAAGGUUUAUCAUAUCGUCGCCAAUGAUCUCAGGAGCUUCGGGGUUAAGUAUCGCUUCAAGAAGAGUAUGCUUAAGAGCGAAAGACCCGAGGUCUGCAAGGAUAUCUCCAAGAGGGUCUUCAAGAUUCCUCUGUUUUAUCAACCCUUGGAUAUCGUGAAUCUAUCGUCGGGUGGUAUAGUUCACGUUCCCGUGUUUGUGAUCCAAGCCACGACCUUCCUGGAGAAGUAUAUCACUCAGGAGGGUCUCUUCAGGAAAGCCGGCUCUCAGGCGCGACAGAAGGAGUUGAUGUCUCGCUUGGACAACGGUGGCAGUUUUGGCGAGAAGAAUCAUGCGAUCGAUGUCGCCAGUUGUCUGAAAUCUUUCUUCCGGGACCUGCCAGAACCACUGAUACCAUACAUAUAUCAUGACUUGUUCGUACACUGCGCAUUGCUAAAGAGUUAUCGAAUACAGGCAUUAUUGCUAGCAUGUACACUGUUACCACCGUAUCAUCUGAAUACUUUAGCAUUUUUUAUGGAGUUCUUGAAAAAGGUUUCCAUGUAUGAGAAACAAAAUAGGAUGAGCAUUGAAAACCUAGCGAAGGUUGUCGGACCAAAUAUCAUGCCCUUAAGAGACACAAGUAUGUCAGCUGUACAAAAUAGAUUGCAAAUGCACUUGACUAUCAUCAAGAUAUUAAUUGAAAAUUCGCAAAAUAUUGGUAUUCUACCACCACACAUUGCGCAAAGUAUUUCUAUGGAAACAAGCGGUAGUACAGAUAAUGGAUUAGACUCGUUUGAACUACUUGGAAAGUCUAAAAAGAAGAAACAUCGUAGUGGAAGUCUUACACGUAAGCCACAUCUAAGUGCUACCAAUCUGAAUCUAAGAAUGUUCAAUGGAUUAAAGAAAAUAGUUGGGAAAGGUAUUGAUGAUGUUUCUAAUAUCAACCAUCAACAACUUCCUACACAUCCGGAGCAGUUAACUGUGCCUUUACCUAAAUUUCACAAAAAACGAAAAGUAGCAGAGAGAAUAGAUGCUCCAAAUAUAAAGAAAAAGAGAGUGGCUGACAAAUUAGACAAGUCAAAGAAAAUAAGACUGAGUUUGGACAAAUUUGUGCCUAAGAAUAAACCAAAAAAUACCGACGGUGACCCGUCUGAUUCAUUUACAAAUAAUUACAAGUCGCACGUACAAUUGAGACGUUGGAGUUCAAUAAACAACUCUUCCGAUGCGCGUAAAAUACGGAAGUACAGCGACGAGAUAUCACACUUGAAAUUCAUGAAAAAUGAUGAACCAUCGAACGAUGAUUUGCUUCAGGAAUACGAUAACGUAUUUAUUGAUGCCAAUGUGAAUUUAUCAGACGAUGGUGGUGGGAAAGGAUUAUUUGUAAAUGAAGAACGCCAUAGAACUAGCGAGCAAUGGCAUAUAGAGACAAACACGAGCUUGAAGAAACUAGACACUAUGGAUGAAAGUGACAAUAACAUAUGCUUGUUGGUUCCUGAGGAAAAGACUGAUUUGGAAGAAUUCGAUAUGUCUCUUCCUCAUACUGACACGAUAUCAUCAUCGAGUGAUCACUGUGAAGAAGAUUACGUCAGAAUUCCUAAAAGCGAGUACGAAGAUAUAAAAAAUCGAGUUUCCGCGAUUGAGUCGCGUAUUUCGCAAGAAUUUGGAAGUAUAUACGAUGAGGAGAAUGAUAUAACUACACACUCGGUGAACAAAGUGCAGACAGCAUACGAGAAAACAUUGGAAGAGGCUAGUAUUGAAAAUACCUUGACAAGUGAUUAUUUAGCAAAGAAAUUGAGUAAAGAAUUAAAGAUCAGAAGGUCGGGAGAACAUAAAAUAAUUAGAUCUCCUAGCGCGAGAAAAAUUGGAACAUUAAGAAGACGUUCGCAGGAGAAAGUCACCAGCAAACGUGUUAGACGAACCGCAUCGUGGCACAUAUCUCCGGAAUUCAAUUUGCAACAUCAUAUCCAACUGGAGAAACAAGUGAACGUUUACCCCAUCGAAAAACAAUCGACGUUUACUGGCAAUUUCUUAGAGGAACAAUUUUAUUCUUCGGCGAGAUCCAAUGAAAUUACUUCUGACAAUGCGACAGAUGAGAUAGCCUGUUUACGUGACCAAGUGAACACACUGAUUUCUCGUUCAGGAGAACAGCACAAAAUUUCAAAUAAUAGCAAUUUGAAUCUUUCUGGAUUUAAAGAUCUACAUUUGGCAAAUAACCGGGUGGGUUCAUCUGUGCGCAGAGCAUCGUCUUUCCAUGGAAAAGAUUUUGUAGACAAUUCAUCCUAUUUCGAUAAGAAAGUAGACGAUUUGAGAAAGUCUAAUAGUCAUCAAAAUAUAAUCUUAAAUAAUGACUGUUUACAAAGAGACAAUACUAUUGUUGAAGGCUCAAACGAGGUAUCUUGGAAAGAUGCGAAUAGAUAUUUUAAAUCAGUAUCGCGGACAAACACGCCCGCUCCUCAGACCGGUAGAGCAUCAGUCGCGAAACUUCGAGCGCAAAAUGCCGGUAUGGUAUUGGCUAAGGCGAAAUUAUUUGGCGAAUGUACUACUAAAACGUCCGACUUUACAUCAGCAAACUCGUCGAGCAAGAAACAUUGUCGCGAUAAUGUAAAUGUAAAACGUUCUCCAAAUUUAGCUAAAGAAACAACGGACGUGAACGUCGAACAUUUUAAACAGUCGUAUAAGAGGACCCAAGUCUCUCGGAAACAAUCCAAUAAAGAGGCAAAAGGUAAAAAUUAUUACCCAGUUGUGCUAUCUUCAAAUAUGUCACCACAAAUCAAGACACAGAUAACAACUACGCAAUCGAAACUGCUCCAAGAACACGUGGACAAGAAUUACCAUUCCACGCAGAAAUUCGAGAUACAAAGUCAGAAACUGUCGAACAAGGAUCCGAUUUCGUAUCAGAUUUCUGCUAAGGAUAAAACUAUUAAUAUUACACGUGAUAUGGAAAUUCAUCAGAAGGAAAACGCUGCUACGAAAGUAUCGCCUUUGAUGAAGAUGUCUAUCGAUACCAUAUCGCAAAAUUCGAAUCUAUAUUCUUACAAACCGGAUGUUAACAAAACGCCGCACAUUAAGCGGCCUUUAACUGUCAAGACCCCGAAAAGUACCAAAUUAAUGCGUAAGCCGCCAGUUGAAACACGUAGAACACCGUUGAAAGCGACAGCGCAAUUAGGAACUCCGAAACGUCAAAGUCCUAAAAGUAUUCUGAAGACAAGGACUCUCAGUAUGCAUACGUAACAGAGAGAGAGAGAGAGAUAAAGAGAGAUGCACAAAGUAUAAAAAAUAAUAAAUAUGUACGUUGAUUUAUAUGUGCCUUAUCUUUAGACUCGCGCGAUAUUUCAAGAAGGUAUAAUUUUUAUGCUUAUUAAUAUUUUUGUAUAUUUUGGUGUUCCUAGUAUAUCGGAUGCUAUCAAUGGAAUAUAUAAUUGUUACUAUAGAGUUAGUAUGUGUCAUGAAACUUGUAGUUUAAAUAUGAAUGUUUAAAACUGCAUUCCGCGCGUGAAGCAUUGUUUAAGCGGAACAAAUAGUAAGUGGUAUGAUUGAAAGACGCACCUGUGAAUUAUUACACGUUUAUCAUUUUAUCAAUUUGCUGUUUUUUUUUUUUUUACAAAUUGAAGAAAACAUACGUUAAACCUUUGAAAUACUACUUUUUAAGACUAGUCAUUGCAUGUAUCUGCUCGUUUACAUGUGUUCCUCGUUAUAUUCAUCGUCAUCCACAACUUCGAAUUCAAUGCAAUAUUCAUACUGUCUUAUCGAUAUACAUAGACGUAAUAGUAUCAGUAAUUACUAUAAUUGACACCACCACCCGACUCAUAAAAUAUAUCUUUUGAUGAAUUCGAAAUCAUUGCAUAUUUCCAUGCGUUUUCCUGCCUGAUUUAUCCAAGAAAGAAACUCUCUCAGCCUUGGUUCGUAAGAUUUCAAACUUUCCGAUGACGGCAUGAUAGCGCCGUGAUGGAAAUGAGAAUCACGAUAGUCCACGUGGUUCACGGUGAUCAGACGCGUGACCAAUCACGUGGCACCGCUUGUCCUUCGCCCGCUGUCAAAACACUCUUACCGCUUUUGACAUUUUGUGUAU